CGUCCUAGAAAAAUAAAAAAAUAAAGCGGGCAGGGCUCGGGAGCCCGCGGCAUCCCCGGCACGGGGGAGUGCGUGUGUGUGCGCGGGGGGCUCCCCGCGGCCCCGGCGCCCCCCGCAGCACCGCAGCGAGCGGGCAGCGAGCGCGAUGCGCCCCGCGCUCGGCGCUGCGGAAUAGCGCGGCCGCCGCUCGCCCUCCGCGGGCCGGGCGCGCACGGACCCGACCGCUGGCCAUUCCCUCUUGAUGUCCAUGAAUGCAAACACCAUGAUUUUCAUGAUCCUGGGCGCCUCUAUCGUUAUGGCAAUAGCUUGCUUGAUGGACAUGAAUGCGUUGUUGGACAGAUUUCACAAUUACAUCCUACCGCAUCUGAGAGGGGAGGACCGAGUUUGUCACUGCAACUGUGGAAGGCACCACGUGCACUAUGUCAUCCCGUACGACGGGGACCAGUCGGUGGUGGAUUCCUCGGAGAAUUACUUCGUGACCGACAAUGUGACCAAGCAGGAGAUCGACCUGAUGCUGGGGCUGCUGCUGGGCUUUUGUAUCAGCUGGUUCCUGGUGUGGAUGGACGGGGUCCUGCACUACGCCGUGCGCGCCUGGCGGGCCAGCCGCCGCUAUGACAACUCCUGGUCCUGGAUCCCCAGGUUCUGCCGGCUGAAGGAGCUGAGGAAGCGGCAGCACCGGCAGUACGAGGAGGCCACGGGGAACAUGGUGCACAUCAAACAGAAGCUGUACCACAACGGGCACCCCAGCCCCCGGCACCUCUGAGGGACCCCCGGGGCUUUUAACCCACACAGGACCUGCUCUCCCUGCUGGAGCAGCUCUGCUGUGCUCCCAGCCAGCUGAGGACACGGAUUUUAGGGAUGUCCCAGGGUGGACACGCCACGAUGCACAACUAAGCCAGUCCUGGAUGCUCUGCAGCCAAGGCUUUGCACUGUGUUCCACAUUUUAUUGUCAGACUUGUGUAUAUAUGUAAAAAAAAAAAAAAAAAAAAAAAAAAGCAGACAAGCAAACAAACAAAAAAAAAAACCCAAACAGAAAAA